AUGGCUGAAUCAGCAGAGCCUCUCGAGUACUUGGAUUACCUCGCCAGCUUCAUGGACAGCGAUAUCCCGCCGAGGAUCUCAUGGAGCAAGCUAGAGGAACGCUUCAAUCGCCGGGUUGCUAAGUACAGAGAACGGUGGCCAGAGUGUGACGAGAACAGAAUCAAGUACUGUGCGCUGCACCAGACAUGCACAAAACUCUGGAACCCGAAGCCGCCGUUCCCAACGAUGGAUAGGUUCUCUUUCAAGAAUAAUGACUGGCCUCGUGAUGCGGUCACUGAGCCUGAAGCUUCAUCAUCUCUUACUAUGAAUACGGAGCAGGCAGAGGCUGUUGGGAAGGGCAAGGACGGCAAGGCUAAGCUUGUACCGAAACCGAACUUUAAGACUUUUUCAGCUGGACUUGCCGAAGAUGCCAAUGCAACGCAAGUGUCUGGUAGCGGUAGUGGGAGCGGACGAGGUCAGGUCUCUGGAGAGGCCGAAGGCGCUGCUGCUCCGCCGAUUGGAGAGGCGUCGGGAUCCGGGCAGGGGAAUCCGCUAGGUGAUGCUUGA